AUGGUGAUGAAGAGAGCCAGCAAGUGCCUUAUCCUCCUCGGCUUCUCCUACUUGAUCUUACUCAUAUCAAGCUGCCUUCCUCAUGUCACCUCGCUCAGCUUCGACUACAACUUCUCCGGUCCCAACAUCCUCGCCGGCGCCAACCUCACGUACUUCAACGACUCUGCCCCCGCCAUCGACCGCAUCGACCUGACCAACUCCUCCAGGAGCUGGAGCACCGGCCGGGUAGCCCACGGGCAGCCGCUGAGUCUCUGGGACGACAGCACCGGCAGGGCCGCCAGCUUCACCACCAACUUCACCUUCCUCGUCAGGCCCGUCAACAGCAGCAGUCCGGCAAGUAGAAAUUUUAUGAUGCAUGGACAGCGUUUUAGUACCAGGUUGUUGAUUUCCCUACAGGGAGGUGAUGGAAUGGCAUUCUUUGUGGAGCCCUACCCAUCAACUAUGCCGAUGGACGCGACCGGGGGCUUCCUCGCGCUUUUCAACAACCGUGACAAUAAGGGAAACGCAUUCCCGCCUACGCUCGGCGUGGAAUUUGAUGCAUUCCAUAACGAAUGGGAUCCUAAUGGUACCAACAACCACCUUGGCAUCAACGUCAACGACAUUAGAUCAAAAGAGUACACGCCAUUGCCGGAUGGGAGCUUCAACGGGACCAUGUCAGUAUCUAUCAAGUACGACGCCAAAGCAACCACGCUCUCAGCCACCCUGCAGUUCAUCGACCCACCGGGUGAGACUGCACACAUCCUCAACGCAAAUAUCGACCUUCGAGCUGAGGUCGGUCUGCCGCAAAAUGUGUCAAUCGGAUUCUCGGCGGCGAUCGGGGACCUCGUCGAGGAGCAUCAGAUUCUUUCUUGGUCGUUCAAUUCCACUCUGGCCGAUGUCACAUAUCCAAAGACAAAAAACAUACGUCUCAUAGCCGGGCUAGUCUCCGCUAGCAUCUUCCUAUUGCUCACCGUAGCCGGAUGGUUCAGUUAUCGCCAAUACCUGGAAAAAAAGGGUAUACACAAGCAAGAAGCUUCGGACGCAGUCCCUCUCGACCAAGAUAUGGACAAGGAGUUCGCGGGCAAUGGGCCUCGGAGAUUCAGUUACAACGAGCUAUCACGGGCGACACAAGGAUUCUCGGACAAGGAGAAGCUCGGCGAAGGUGGGUUUGGGGCAGUCUACCGAGGUUUGUUACACGAACAGGGACUCCAUGUGGCCAUCAAGCGGAUCUCCAAGACGUCCAACCAGGGAAGGAGGGAGUACAUUGCGGAGGUUACCACCAUCGGCCGACUGAGGCAUCGCAACCUUGUCCAACUCAUCGGUUGGUGCCACAAGGCCGAGGAGCUCCUACUCGUCUAUGAGCUCAUGCAAAAUGGCAGCCUCAACGACCAUCUCUACGAUUCCAAGAAAAUGCUAACAUGGCAAGUCAGGUACAAGAUCAUUGUUGGCAUGGGCUCUGCGCUGAUGUACCUGCACCAGGAGUGGGAGCAGUGUGUGGUGCACAGGGACAUCAAGCCGAGCAACGUGAUGCUCGACUCGUCGUUCAACGCCAAGUUGGGGGACUUUGGGCUCGCGCGCCUCGUCGACCACAGCCGGGGCGGAUACACGACGAUGAUUGCCGGCACCAAGGGGUACAUGGACCCGGAGUCCGUGGUGACCGGCCGGGCCAGCGCCGAGACCGACGUGUACAGCUUCGGGGUCGUCCUCCUCGAGGUCGCCUGCGGCCGGAGGCCCGUCGUCCCGGAGCUGCAGGACGAGAACAGGGUCGUGCUUGUCGACUGGGUUCGUGACCUGUACCGGACGGGCACUCUGCUCGACGCUGCGGACGCCCGGCUCGACGGCGACUUCGACGCGCCGGAGAUGGAGCGCACGCUGGUCGUCGGACUCUGGUGUGUGCACUCGGACUACGGCUUCCGGCCGUCCAUCAGGCAAGCCAUGAGCGUGCUCCAGUUCGAGGCGUCGCCACCGGAUCUCCCACCGGUGGCGAUGUACGCGCCGCCACGCGGAGGUUACGGGCCGAACUACACGUCGUCGACUGCUGGCACCUCGAGCACCGGUGGGCGCUCGUUGACAAGUGACCAGACGACGAACAGCCGUUCUUUUGCAACUGCCGACGCUACGAGCAGCACGGGGCCGAUUGCGUCCACGACGAGCCAGAACGCCAGCACGACGGAGCAUGUUCAGUCCACUCACUCUUCCUCAAUUGUGUUUUGA